GUAAGGCUAAUAUUAGGUGGCAUGGAACACUAGUAUUGGGGUGGGUGUGAUUAUGGAAGGAAGGCCGAGUAUGAUCUGAUCAUGGGUGAGUUGAUAUACCAUGAAUUUUACCCACUUUUAGUCAUGGUAUAUAAGUGUUUUAGAAUAUAUUAUAUGAGUUUGGAGUCUAUUUAGAGUAUUUACAGGUUCAGGGACGAUUUGGAGAAAAGUGGUGAUGUUAAUGCCUUUUGGAGUCUUUCAAAAUGCAGAACUGCACAGACGUAUCAGUCAGCAUUCUACCUAAGGUAUGACAGAUCAACUAGGUCUGAAGGUAGAACCUUCCAAAGAAUCAUUCACUUUUGUGGAUUGUUCUAGGAUGAAUUCAAGAGGAAUCAUCAGAGACCUCGAGGUGCAGAUUGGUAAUGCCCUAGUUCCAGUUGACUUCCAUGUCAUUGACAUCAAGCUGAAUUGGAAUUCUUCUCUACUGCUUGGAAGAGCUUUCUUAGCAACCGUAGGAGCUGUUUGCAACUUGCAGAGAAAUCAGUUGUGUCUGACACUUAUUGAUCUGAAGGCUCACUAUGAUCCAGUCAGAGUUGUCAAGUCACACACGUCCUGCAAGGAAGCUACAAAUGAUCAAAAACUCGUUGUAAUGUGCUACUGUGCAGACGAGUACGAGACAAAAUAUUCUGAAUUGAUCGACACCAAUACGACGGCAUCGAUCGACACACAUCAUCACUCGAUCGAUACUCAUUAUCACACAUCGAUAGACAAUACCCAUAUGUACGAAGUAGAUGAUUUUCUAGGUAACUAUUCAGAUUCGAGUUGGGAGAACGACUACUACCAGCCUACAAUCGCAGUAGAGAUUGCAGAGAUCAGAGAUGAUACGUGAUGAGGAUUACACAAAGGAAAGAGAAAUUGAAUACUCAUGCUUUCGAAGAGAAGAGGAACACACCACACAUGUAUCCCACCCAUUCAUACCAGCAGAUCAUGCCAUAACAGAUACAUAUUCAUAUUCAGAGGAUUAUGGGGAAAGCAGCAGUCUCAAUCACAUCUCCAGAGCAGACAAGGACAAAUCGAUCGAUAUCAACAUCAUUCGUUCGAUCGACACCAACAUCAACACGAUCGAUAACCACCACAGUACAUCGAUCGAUAGGUCACCUACAGCUGAACGAGAUGAUUGGCAAGCACACAGCUAUUCAAUCUUUGCCCUAGAAGCUGUUUCAUCAUCCCAACAUCUGGAAGAAUAUGACGAGGUUUGUGAGGAGGACGAGCUACAGAUCUCCCAAGUGUUCUUACUGAAGAUAGAUUUCCACACCAUUCUCAUGGAAUCGGAGCAUUAGCAUCGAUCGACGUAGGACAUUCCACAUCGAUCGACAUAAGUCAUCAACGAGCAUAACGUGCACACACCAAACUGAUCGAUACAAAGGCAACCGACAUUGAGGAAAAAUGAAUUACAAAAUUGGAAGUUGGGCUGGUAAUCACUAUAAAGAGAGUAUCGGCAUAGAGGAAACAUCAACUAUCAUAGGAGCAUACAAGAUGCAUCAGCAACCUUAUAAUCCAAAACCCUAUAGAGAAGGAGUCGAUUACCAACAUCCCCAUCGAUCAGACAACAAGCAAUCUAUCGACGAGCACCAUGCCACAUCGAUCGACGACUAUCCAGACCCACGACUUGAAGUAAGAGCAAACGGUAAUACACAUCAUAAUUUUGUAACACCAGAUGAGUUUGGUAUUUUCAGGGAUCCAAAAGGCUAUGCAAAAGAAUUAGAUGGACGAUUUCUACAAGUCUCAAGAGAAUAUAUUGCAGACAUUCUUGCCAUCGCCAAUGGACCAAAGAACCUCUUCACCCAACAAUGCAAUCCAAAGCACCAACAGCGUAUUCCAUACGAGCUCUUUGCUACAGCCUGUGGAGUAGGGCUUCAUUUCGAAAACCAGAACCGAGCCAGAAAACACAAAUCGAUUGAUAGGCACACUGCCACAUCGAUCGACAGCCUUUCCAGAACACCGACCGACAGAAGAUACCCACCAUCGAUCGACAUACACUUCGAGUUCAAAAAACGAGCUUACAAUCGAUAUGGAGUAAGGAAAUUCGAAUGGGAACAAAAAGAUGAGUAUGGAGUCUACAGAGAUGACAAGGGAUAUGCAAGUGGAAUAGAUGGUUACAUCAUCUGCAUCUCCAAAAAUGAUAUAAAAUAUUUACAUGAGAGAGGUUCGCUAUAUGAGCACUCAUUCAUCUGCCUACCAGAGCAUAGAGGGAAAUUCACUUAGUCUACACUACCAGAUACUUACAGCAGAGCAGAUAUGGACGAGAAACUCAGUGGAAUCUACAUAUUUCACGAGGAAUCACUGAAUGAUUUCAAGUGGAGACUUGACAGUAUCUAUGAUCCACUAGAUAACAAGAUUACUUGGCUAACUACAUGUAUGGAGGAACUUAAGGAAGAUAUUGCUACUAUGGAGGAGCAGAAAGCAAAAGAAGCUGCAGCAUGGAAGUCAUGGAAACUUACAACAUCAACCGAUGACCCUUGGAUGCCAUCGGUCAACAAGGAACACUACGCAUUGAUCGACAUCAACACUAAAAAAUUGAUUGAUAACCGCUUUGCAGCAUUGGAAGAUAAGUUACAUUCUUUUGAAGAAAGAAUUGGUAGUUCUUACUACACGAUGAGUAAUGACUUGGAUGCAUUAGCUACACGUAUGGACGCAUUGCAGCAAGAGAUGGACACGAUUCAGAGACAACUUGAUUUUCAAGAGGAAACAUCUCCAUCGAAUGACAUGAUGACUCAACCAUCGAUCGAUAUUCAGAAAGCAACAGCACCAGUCAUAUCAACAUCGGUCGACAGCAACAUUAACCCAUCGAUCGACGACAAGCAUCCAUCACAGAGCAUUUCUAUCAAAGAUGAGAUAUUCUCAAGCAUCAAGAUGGAUAACCAAUGGGAGGAAGAAUCCCUAAAGAAGAAACUUGAUGAAUUCUAUUGCACACUUGACAACAAUAUCAACUGGAUAACCAAGAGGAGUGAGUUGAUGCAAAAAGAAUUGGAUAUACUCCGCGAAAAAGAAGAGUACCGCCAGAAGAAAUCUUUAUCGAACGAUACGGAGAAUACGACAUUGAUUGACAUGAAGCAACAGCACAACAAGAGAAGUUCUGAGCUGAAACGAAGAAGGAAGCCAAGCUGGAAAGAUGGAUUCACAGAUACACCAGCAGACACAGUAACCCAACCAGGAGAAGCUACCUACACCAAAGAAGAAGUUGACAAGUAACCCAACCAGGAGAAGCUACCUACACCAAAGAAGAAGUUGACAAGAUGGUAGCAGAGAUCUAUGAAGCCUUAGGAAAUUUAGAGGAUGGGUACUACAAGAAGUUUGAGGAUAUCUACUUUCCCUUCGACAGCAGCAUCAGUACUUUGCACUCAUGGACAAAGAGCAUACAGAAAGAGGUAAAGGCUAUUCAGAGGCAACUUGCAAUUCGUCCUAAGAUAUGCACAUCGAUCGAUAAGCUAUCACCAGGAUCGAUCGACGUGAUUGAACCAUCAUCGAUCGAUAUACAAGACACAACAUCGAGCGACGCCGAGACAUUACCAGUCAACGAGAAGUUUCAACACGAUAUAAUGGUUGAAUUUGAUUCUAUGCAAGAGGAGAUGAAGGAACUAUCAGAGUAUACUUAUGACAAGCUUGGAAAGCAUUAGUUCAACAUUGAGUGUCUUGAGGAGAAGCUACAGAUAUUAGCAGAUGCAACAUCAGAGAUGAACGAUAGAUGGACUAGAUCAGAUGAUGCCACAAGUAGCUUCAUUGCAACAUGGUCCAGAUCGAGCAGAGACGAAGUGGACGCUUGUUACCCAACAAACAACUGCUUUCAACCACACUAAGCCAUUCAACCACCAAAAUCAAGCUAAAUGACUAUAAGAAAGCGCUGAGUGGGAGGAGACAACCCACAUUAGGUAAUUCUACUUAGUUUUAUUCAUUACUAAUAUUUAUUUUGGUUUCUAUUUUUAUGCAGGUAAAAAAAACAGGAUCCGAGUAGACGUUUGCCAUCUCUAUCGACCGAUGCAAUCCAGUCGACAUCGAUUGACAUCAUCACAUCAGCCACGAUCGACAUGCACUCACCUACAUCUAUCAAUAUGGUAUCGGUCAGCAAUGUCAAUGAGAUGAACUAGGUGUCAUGCAUCAACAUCGAAAUUCAUUGAGAUUGAAACUAAUAGAGAUUCAGAGAAGAGAGCAGAGGGGAGAAAGAGAUCAUAGAAGACUACAUGUGUGCUCAGAAACUUGCUUGAGUUGAAUCCAUGUGUCCUUUGAUCGAUACUCCCAUGGUAAAGCCUACACUUUUAUUUUAUGCAAGAAAUGAGGUUAGUUGAGGAGAUUUUCAUACAUGAUUAUUUGAGUUGUUUAACUAGGUGAAUUUGGUUGAUAUACUAGGAUAUUGUAUAAUGUGCUUCUAAGGUUAUGAUGUAUAUGAUUUGGCUUGCACUACUAGAGAGAUGAUGACUGAAUUUUAAAAUCUAUUGAGUCCCUGCUGUUUUGAAACCUCUUUCAGAGAGAUUACAUGUUGGGUUUGCUUGAAGACAAGCAAAAGGGUGAGUCUUGAGGAGUUGAUAUAACAUGGAUUGACAUAAUUUUAGCCAUGGUAUAUAGAAGUUUUAGGAUUGAUUAACCAUGUUUUGGAGUCUAGAUAGUAUAUUUACAGGUUUGUAGUGAUUGGAGAGAAGAUGGUGAUUUUGGAGCAUUUUAGAGAUUUCACCCGAGAUGACCAUAUCGACCAGCGUUUGAGGUCGACACAGAGAGAUUCAUAUCAAUCAAUGCACACCCUGUGACAUCGAUCGAUGGCGAGAACGUAUAAGCCAUGUUUGGUCACAGCCAACUUGAAGCCCAAGAUUUCGACUAAUUACCAAACUACCUCUGACGAGUUUUAACCUGAUAUUUAUACCUUGCCAAAGUGUUAGAAGCAAAAGAGAGCUUUCUUGUAUUCUUAUUUUUACGGCUAAAGGUUUUCUAGGAUUUUUAGUAUUGGAGAGAAGAUCCAAAGAUAUUUGUGAUUGGAACUUCAUUAUCUAUUCUUUCUAUCUAUUAUAUUCUAUGUGUUUCUAUUUAAUGUUUAUGAUAUUUUGUUUAGCUAUGUCUGAGUAAACUACUUGUUAGGUUUAGGGUCAAAUAGGUUUUGAGGGAUUAGCCCAAAAUAUGAAUUCUUUAGUUGCGACAUUCAUCUUUGAAUGAUUUUUCUUAAUGCUUGUUUAGGAUUAGCUAAACUACAC